UCUCCAGUGUCAGCAAGAGUGACCAAAGAAACGAGUCAAGCCAGGCGUUGGUGGUGCACGCAUUUAAUCCCAGCACUCGGGAGGCAGAGGCAGGCGGAUCUCUGUGAGUUCGAGGCCAGCCUGGACUCCAGAAUUUUAACGGGAGAUCCCAUUACCACAUGCCUUUCUCCUUUAGUGCGUGACUUGAUUUGUCAUGUUGGGUUUGAACUCAGAGAAAACUGCGAUAUCAAUAGCAUUGUAACUCAGAAUGGUGAAGUGCACUGGGAAACACUUACAGACCGUGUGAGCUAUGCAGAAUCAGGGCAGAGUCUGGAUUACAGGGGAAGUAUACGGCUGCUGGGUCCUGUCUGUGAGUCCAUCCAUCUACACAUCUUAUCUCUGACCAGGGCACAGUUUGAAAUGAAGUAUUCACCAUGGUUCCAGUGGACAGUGUAUCCAGAGUUGUUUCUUGAAGUAUUUGAUGCCUUGGAAAGCCUGCAGUCUCCUGCCAUCUCCCUCAGUGUAAUGAAACUGGCUUCCUGUCUGGAACGAGCCUUAGGCGAUGUAUUUUUACUGAUUGGGAAGGAGUGCUCCUUUCUUCUAAGAGAUCUUCUUGCAUCUGCAGAACUUUCACAAGUCUUUGGACAUGCUGUGAUGGAUGUACUGAAAGUCUUCAUCGGGUCUCCCUGUGGACUCAACCUGAGAAACGUCUUGUGGCAUGGCUUUGCUUCCCCUCAAGACAUCCCUCCGAAAUACUGUUCAACUAUGUUGUUGUUGACAGCGGGACUGGGGCAGUUACUGAAGAGCUACCUUCACCAAACAAAAGUCACAUUGGCACAUCGGCCUUUUGCAACUCUUACAAACCUAGAGGAUGUGAUUGUUUUUCCUGGCGUUACUUACGAGGUGCUCUCAGCAUUGGAGAAGGUGAUGACAGAGUCCGCCUUCUUACUAAAAAUCAUGUUACCAUACUGGGAAAUGGCAGUGACCAAGUUCAAGUUGCACAGGUUUGCUGACUGCACCAUGUUGCUGCUGUCACAGCUAGAAGCUGGGCUCAGGAGAGUUUUUGCUGCAGUUAACAAAUGUCCUGAUAGACUCCUCACGGCCGAGUCAACAAUUCUAUAUACAACAUUUGAUGAAAUACUGGCAAAACACUUGAAAGAUGGUAACAUUAACCAGCUUCCUCAUUUCCUUGGAGACCCUGCCAUGGAAUUCUUGUGGGAUUUCCUGAACUAUCAGGAGGGUCCUCGUAUCCGAGAUCGUUUAAGCCAUGGGGAGAUCAACUUACGUGAAUUUCCGAGAGAAGCAGCAAGCCAGCUGCUCACAUUCUCCCUGGUGCUUCUGCUCAGAUUCACUGAGGAAGGCUCCUUGUCAGAGCUGAAGGAGGAAGCAGCAAUACAGUUUCUGGUUAGUCUAGCUGAAGGCUACAGAUCCCGUUGCCACCCAGUCUUCCAGCUUCAAAAACAGGUGCUGAGCUGUGAGGAAAGCCUCAGGAUGUGGAGCAUGCUGCCUACACUGGAAGAGCCGUGUCAGGAAGCAGCCAGAUUGGAAGGUAAUUCUGAAGCAUAUGCCUGCAACUCUUUAAUUAGCAAGAUUUUGUGUGAGUUCUGCCACUAUAUGCCUGGGAGUACCUGUGCUAUGGAUGGUCUUCCCCCAGAGAAGUGGCCCCAGCUGCUCAAGGAACUCUGCAGCACACACAUUCCUACUCUGUUCUGCCCCAGACUCGUUCUGGAAGUUCUGGUUGUGCUCCGGGGCAUCAGCUCCCAAUGCCAACGUGUAUCUGACCAGGUCACUACCUCUUUGCAGCUGAGACACAGGCAGUGGGUAGAGCACAAGCUGCGCUCAAGGCAGCGGCAGAACUAUCUGCGCAUGCUCAACAGCGUUAAACUCUUGUCUCCUGUGCUUCACCUGACUUUGUUGCUCCUUGCACUGGAAGUGGUCAGUGUACAUGCUGUCCAGGGUAAAAGUUCUCAGGAACGCCAUCAGUACCUGAGGUUCUUAAAAUCAAUCCUACAGUACACUGAGAACCUAGUGUCCUAUACUAACCGGGAGAAGAACAAAUGGAAUGAAACCAUCAAGCUUACACAUGCAGUUUUGUUAAGAAUUUUGACUUUCAGUGAGAAGAAACAAAUGUUAAUGCAUUUAACCAAAAACUCCACAAAUCAAGUUGACACAAGUUGACCAAAAAAACAAAAAACAAAAACACAAGUCAGGCUCCUUUGGGUUCUGGGAGAAGACUCAAGUCGCUGCAAUAGCAAGUGAGUUGGGUAGCAUCCAAAGGUGGGAUGGAGUCUGUGUCAUUCUGACCACAUAGCAGGGAUGCUGGUGGUUCUAGAGGAUAAGGGAGUCAGUCCAUGGGAGGAACAAAUAAUUGAACACCUGGGAAAGACAGAAGACCAAGACACGGAGAGAAAAGGGGUAUGCGGGCCCCCAGCUCCUCCCCUUUCCCUUAUUUGUUCUGUUGAGAGUCCUGCCUCUGCCUGCUGUCCCUGCUCACAGCAUCUUCUGAGAACAAGAAGAUGCCAUCCAAGGAAGCCUGCUUUUGCUCUCCCUGUCUACCUCUGCCCCUUUAAUUCUCCUUCAGGGCUCAGGCUGUACUUCUCUGAGGCUCUCUCAUCUGGUGUCAUUGUGACCCCUAGGCUAGUCUUGAUACCUGCAGCAGAUUUGGGUUUUCAUGUCCUGAUGGUGUAUCCUGGAAAAUGUGGUCACUGCUUUGCCCCUAGUUGUUGCCCAGAAACAUGUGGCUUCCCAUGUCUUGUUAGCCACAUGUUCAUUCUUAGAAGCUCUCCUUCUAGCUAUGGUCUAGCCAUGCAAACUCCAGGGGUGUGUGUGACAGAUAGGCUUGGCCUGAUGUGCGAGCUAGUUACAGUCAUCCCUGGAGGCCAGAUAGUGUUCAUCUGUGUGUAUUCUGUGGGUAAGUAAUGACAGGGCAGCCUGUGAAGGUGGAGCUCACAAAGCUGGGUGCUGGACCACAGGUCCCCAGGGAGCAUUUGGCAGAGAACUCAUUUCUAGAUGUGAAGGCUGAGUGUAGGAGGCUCUGGAAAGCUGGCGGAGAAGAGACCAUUGGAUCCCAAGAGCUCCCUGAAAAGCCACUCUUGUGUUUGGGGAUCCAGGAAGACUGUCCUCCUCCUCAGUUGGUAGUGGCAAAAUCUGGGGAGGCUGCAUUGCCUGCGUGUGUAACAAUGCACUUAGCUACACCAACCUCAGUGGGUCAUGGUUUCUCAUACCCGCCUUCCAGACUGUGGCUGGAUGUGUCCUGCAGCCAGCCAAGGAGAAGUUUUCUGUGACACUUGCUGAGCUGUAGAGGAGACUUUGGAGGUGUUUUGUGAUUUUAAACCCCGCCACCACACACACACACACACACAAGUCAUCUUCUGGGUGAAAGAGUAAAAAUACCAAGUUGAUGUUCAUCAAUUGGCUUUGAUUUCCCCCCUUUGGAUUUAACGCCUUAUUUAAAGGAACAAUAUCUACAUGGUGCCAUAUCUUCAGGGAGUCACAUAGAAGACACAUGACCUAUAGACAUCUACAUCUUUUCAAGGACAUCUUGUUCUUGUGCAUAAUGAUUUGUUCUUGUGUGUCACAUCGGGGGCACAUGAGCCUACAUCUCGCAUUGCAUCACUUCAAGGAAAUGGGAUCCAUACACAUGAAGAUGUGUCCUGAAUAACAUCAGAGAUAAGAGGUUCAUGUGCAUGCCCUUCCCCAGCCCAUGACUCCCAAGGGUACAUCUAUCUUUUAUGUUUUGUCAUUUGUUGCAUAGCAGCAAGAGGUGUUUUGUUUGUUGUAUUGCUGUGGUGUGAAAGUUAAUAACUGUUCCAAAAGGCAGAGUUCUUUACUAUCUGGUAUCUCUGUCUUUUGAAAUUAACUAAAAAGAGGUCUGAUACCUGAGAACCUUACAAAUAUCUUUUUCCAUGGAACCUCUCCAAACUUUAACAAAUACUGAUAGUUCUUGUCUCUCAACCCACUUUGUUGAUUAAAUGAUGAUUUUUUUUCCCCA